GCGUUUUGUUUGGCGGAAUAGGCCGUAGUAAUAUUCAAAACACAAUAUAAUACGUCGGAUGUGUUUUCUAUUUAAAUACUUUAUGAUAAAGCGAGUCUAUAUAGAGUACACGGCUUUGUGCUUUUAUCACCCUGGUUGCCCUGGCCUCGUUUUUGUUCGUUCUCUGUAUUUUUAACAGGGCCUUGGCUUAGAUUUCAGAAAUGUAGCUUACGAGCUAAUUUGACCUUCCUCUCUGGCUGUCGAUUUUUUUUCUUGGUUUAUUUGGUAAGAGUUGGAAUGUAACGCUAGUAUGCAUUUAACGAGAAAGUGGUUAUUUUUAAUGCGAUUUGUAAAGUGGCCUGCUAUAAUAGCUUAUUUCGAUACUUUUUUUGACCCUUACUGUUCAUUAUCUGCUCUUACCUCAUUACAGCUCCGAUAUUAAUCCGUUAUUAAUCCGAUAAAUUACUUGAAAGAAUAUAUGUGUUUUUAAAAUGUUCUCUUCUGUAAGACUUGCGAGGAACUUUCUUAAUCACUUUCGACUCCCAGUCAAAGGGGAAAUAUUUGCUCACACCAAAGCCGCAGGUAUGGGUUCAGGGUACCAGCAAGCAAACGUGGUGAUCCUGCACAAGACCCUGGCCAAUGACUUUGAAGCAUUCUGCGAUGUCAACCGAGGCCCCCUCCCCCUCCUGUACCGGAGUAAUCCUGGGGAGUGGGGCUGCCCCCUGCUGGCAAAGAACGUGGACAUCAGACUGGACUGUCCCCAGUACUGUGUGUUUGAGGAUGGCCUCAUGGUUGCCAAGGUGUCCAGUCUGAUGUCGUACACACUGCAGCUCCAAGACAUGGUUACCUUCUACUUGGGCUGCAGUUUCAGCUUUCAGCAAAUCCUGAAAGAUGCUGGCGUCCCAGUUCGGAAUGUGGAGCAGAACCGCAAUGUCAGCAUGUACAGGACCUCAGUGCCGUGUGUGGGAGUGGGCCAGUUCCGCUGUCCACUGGUGGUGACGAUGCUGCCGGUGCCCAGGGAGAAGCUGGAUGCGGCUUCGCAAGUCACACACCUGGCUCCGCUGGCACACGGAGCGCCCAUCCACAUUGGGGACCCAGCUCCACUCGGGAUACAGGAUCUGUCCCAACCGGAGUACGGCGAUGCAGUGGACCCUGCUCCAGGGGAUGUCCCUGUCUUCUGGGCUUGUGGGGUGACUGGUAUUGAAGCCAUCAAGAGCUGCAAAUCCCCGCUGGCAUUUUCCCAUGCACCCGGCUGCAUGUUCCUCAGCGAUCUGGAGACCUUGUCCACCGCGCCUCCUUCUGACCCCAAGCAAUGUGCCCAGACCUUCUGCAUCUCCGAGAAGCUGCCGCACUACAGCCUGGUGUCCAAAGCAGCCGUUCACCAGAUCCAAGACCUGGAGCACCUCAUCGGAGAAGACCCAGGACAGAGGGGUAUCCAGGCCCUCUUCAUCCAGGAUGAGCUCCUGAAGUCCUGCUUGUCCUUGUCUCACGCCUCCUCUGUGCUCAUCACCACCGGCUUUCCUACCCACUUCCAACACGACCCCCCCGAGGAGACGGACGGCCCCCCUGGGGCUGUGGCCAUGGUAGCCAUGCUGCAGGCCCUCGGGAAGCGCGUGGCCAUCUUAACAGACCAGCGCGCCCUGGACAUGCACCGAGGGAUCAUGGAGGAUGCCGUGAAGAAGGGUAUAAUAAAGACUGAAGUACCUCUACUCAGCUUCCAAAAAACAUCCUCGGAGUCUGCACUCCACUUCCUGUGCCACGAUGGGGACCCUGGGAAGCCCAGGUUUGACCACUUGGUGGCGAUAGAACGUAGUGGCAGAGCAGCAGAUGGGAACUAUUACAACAUGAGGGGAAUAAACAUCAAGCACCUGGUGGACCCUAUAGAUGACCUCUUUGUAACAGCCAGCUCCAUCCCCGGGAUUAGCACCACAGGGAUAGGGGACGGGGGCAACGAGCUGGGCAUGGGCAAGGUGAAGGACGCUGUGAGGACAUACAUGCCGAACGGGAACCUCAUCGCCUGUGACGUGGCCGCCGACUUUGCCGUCACUGCAGGUGUGUCGAACUGGGGCGGAUAUGCGAUAGCCUGUGGUCUAUACAUCCUCAGUCUCUGUCCGGUCCAUGAGAGGUACCUCCGGAAGGGUCUGGGGACUCCGCCCUCCCCUGACCAGCAGGAGAUCUGGGCAGCCAGCCUUCCCACAGUUGAUAAGGAGGAGGACUUCUUGUCCAUCUUGGUGAAGUAUGGUGUCCGCAGUGGCAAAACAGCAAACCUGGGCCUGGAGGUGGACGGUCUGCCCUUUCAUCCCACCCACGCCACCAUCAUUCAGAAGAUGCGAGACAUUACCUAUUUCCCCAACCCACCACUAGCCUGAAAUACUUGCUAAAACUACUCUGACCUCAGGUCCCUAGUAGUAAUACUGAGAAGAGGUUUAGACCAGAGAGGAAACACUCUACUAAAUGUACAGUCAGACUAACACGAAAAAAUAUUGAACUCUCAUUCAGAUCCAUUGUACCUGCUCAGUGCAAGAAUCAAUAAAUUUGCUUCUGGAAGAGAAGUGAAUUUGCAAGGCAUUUUUAAAAUAACCUUGACCCCUGAAUUUGUGUUGCUAAACCAGUCUGGUGUGGGGUGGGUGGGGUUGACCCCCCGUUUUACUGAAGUGCAAAAUAGAGGAAGGUACUUAUUUUAUGCAAACUCCAUUUGUGUUGUUAUGACAAGAAAUAACCAGUACAUUAUUACUUGUUAUCGCUAAUGCAUACUUGCAAACCAGUUAUGUCAAUUCUUGUUUGUAAUACAUUGUUAGCUAGCAUGAUUGUCGCGUAUCUUGGUAUUUUCAAAUGCAUCGCCAUUGUGGAAUGCCCCACAAUAUAAUUCACGAUUGAAAAUACCAAAGUAUACCCAAUCUAGAGUGGUAUGUUGUAUUAUCUGGUCAUACUGCUUUACUCUGCAAAGUAAGUUAGUUUCGCUUUACUCUGCAAAGACACUACAUAUUUUUAACUCUAGUGUGAUUGUAUCUUAAACCAUUUAGUGAUAUGAGGUCUUUUUUUUUGUCACUCGAAGUGCUACAGUAGUCAACAUCACUGUUGCCCUUCUGCAAAUUUGGUAGAAUUUAGCAGAAACACCAUUUUCAAGACCCGGGAAGACAUUCCUCACCCUAAAUGUGUACUAAUACAAAGUUACACUAACAAAACCAAAGCUGUGUUAUCAUAUCAUAAAGCCAAGCAUGUUAAUCCUGAGGAUCUUACUAAAUUAAUUCUGAUCCUCUUCCUGCUUCUACUGCCUCAUUUGAUGUCUUAGUUGGCCAGUACUAUGACCAUUUAUCCUCUGAAUUUUUUAAAUAAAUAAUAAUUGAUACUUUAUUGAUCCCUGUGGGGAAAUUCUCUUUAUGCUUCCCCCAACUUGCAAUUUGUAGGCAAGAGUAAGCUGGCUGUGAAGGGCAGCCACCCGUAGUGGCGCCCAGGGAGCUGGGGGUUAAGGGCCUUGCUCAAGGACCCACAGAUAUGCUGAGGCUGGGUUUGAACUGGCAACCUUCUGAUCACAGGCACAGCUCACUGAGCCACAUGCUGCCCCCUUUUAACACCUUGUCAACUUUGAAACGGUUUCUUUUACUAUUUUUUGUUUGAACGGUUUCUUGUACCCAUAUGCCUCCCUGAUAUACACCAGAACUUCACAAGUUCGCGGCCUUAGGCUGGAGCGGUCAUAUGCUAAAACUGGACUUACUGCACACAAGCGCAUGUAUUCAUAACAUACACUUCAUUACAAAAUGCCCUCUCUGCAGCCAAAAUUGCUUAAUGUGCAAAUAUCAUCAGUGCAGGUUAAGGCAAUAGAAGAACUCUGUUUUUUUUUCUUUUCAAAUAAUAUUCACUUAUUUAAACUAAUUAUUCGUAAGUCCACUGCAUCAACCUGUGAGUUGGAUCCUGUGCCUACAAGAGUAGGUACAGCAUGCUUGCCUACUAUCAUUUCCUGGAUAACAGUCACAGUGCCUCACUCACCACUGGUAGUUCCCCACCCCACACUGAAAUUUUCCCUCACUAGACCUACCUUUAAAAAAAAACCUGGCUUCAGACCCUGAUGAUUGUAAUAAUUAUCAACGUAUUUCCAAUCUGCCGUUCAAUUUUGAUAUUCUUGAAAGGGUUGUUGCAUCUAAACUUCAAUUUCACCUUGAUAAUACUAAUGUCUUUGUAUUAUUUCAGUCUGGUUUUCACUCCAAAUAGCACUUAAACUGACCUACUUAAGAUCACUAAUGACCUCCAUGCAGCUGAGUGGUCUACUCUCUCUCCUUAUCGUCAUUAACCUGCUUUUGACACUAUAUCCCAUCAACUCAUUAUGGAAUGACUGGCUAGCAUUGAAGUCUAUGGUACUGUGUAUUGAUGGAUUGAUUCCUACUUCACUGAUGGGACACAGUAUGCUAGAAUACAGAAUUACCUGAGAAUUCAGUAGUUUGCCAUGGAGUUCCACAGGGUUCAGUAUUAGGGCCACUCCUCUUCAUCGUUUACCUGUCUCCCUUGGCAUUAUCCUCCGUCACAAUGCAGUAACCCAUUCACAUUUGUGAACAUGCCAUUUGCAAGUUUGGUUAUUACCGAUUUGGCCGUGAACAAUUAAACAGGAUCUUGCAGAUGAUGCCUAAGCCAAAAAAACAAUACUGAAAAUGAUUCAGAUUACAUAACACCGUAUAAAUCAUAAAAAUUAGUAAUACAUAACAUCUGUUAGCGUAAGUACAUACUACAUCUUUAAUAUUAAAAGUCUUGGUGUGGGUACAUCACAUAUCUGUCUCGGUAACCAACCUCACAUUGCUUGCAGUGACUUUUAAACUUUUCAGUACUGUUAGUUUUGCAUGUUUAAUAAUGGGUCCAAAAUGUACUGCUCCCAGCCUGUAGUUAAUCUGUACAUACAGCGGCAUAACUUAGAUAGUUUGUAUUUAAUAUAAAAAGGUCUAGAUAGGAAAUAAAGCAAUAUUACAUGCAAUUGUACAAUACAGUAUUUGUUUAGAAAUUGGUAAUAGACUUGUUAUAUUAUCGUUCAGGCUAGCAGACUUGUAUGAGUUGAGGUUAUGGGUGAACAAGUAUUAUUCAUGAAUUUUCACAUUCGCAGGGAUCUUCCGUCUCUAACCCUCGCAAAUGUAAAACGGUUACUAAUAUUCAUUGUUACUGGUAUGCUGAUGAUAUGCAACUCUACAUAUCUACAAAACCUAUUUCCAUUCUGCCCCCAGUACCCCCAUUGCAUGUCUCUCAGACCCAACAAUAAUAAACUAUUCCUCACUGGGUCUACAUCAACAUUGGCAAAAAUACAUAGCUUCACAGUAUCUAUCACAGAUUGCACCCAUUUCAUCUCAGGUGUUACUGUGUUGGUGUUAUACUAGAUAUCUCUCCCUCCUUCACUGCUCACAUAAAUGUUUCUUGGAAUGGCUUUUUCCAUCAGCAUAACAUAUCUAGACCGCCCAUCUGUAACACAACAGUGCAGAAGUUUUAGUCAAUGCCUUAAUUACGUCUCACAUUGACUAUUGCUAUGCUGUUUUGGCUUGCACUCCUAAUAAACGUCUUCACUGGCUUUUACUCAUUCAGAGCUCAAGGAUUCAGAACAGCAAAGAUUAUUACAUGCUUCGAGUCCACUGAAGUUCACCGACUCCCUGUGUCUCGUCUGUGUCACAAAUUGAAAAUUUACUGGUAACGCUACGGCCCUUCUGAACCUGGUACCAAUCUAUUUGCAAUAUACUAAAAAUAUUAUGGUUGACAUUUCAUAAUACUUCUGUAUGACCCAUCAGUGGAAGGUGUCCAAACAGUAUUUUUACAUGCUGUUGUCUUUGUUAAUUCAAUUAUUCAGUGCCUAGUACAAAUGCUUCUUCACCAACUUGAGCUCAGUAAAAGAGGGAGGAGUUUUCCCUUA